UUCCACGUUUACACCGGACGUGGCAGUCUCUCUCUUCACCACUUUGAAAACUACUGGAGCUGGAGUAGCGGAGUUUAUUAUUUCUCUUCGUCCUGGUUGAUAUCGCUUCAUAUAUAAUAGAUCCAACCACCCUCGGUCAACUAUGGGGCUCACUAUUUCGUCCAUUUUCGGCCGACUUUUUGGGAAAAAACAAAUGAGGAUUCUGAUGGUUGGUCUAGAUGCUGCUGGAAAAACUACAAUCCUGUACAAACUGAAGCUUGGUGAAAUUGUGACCACUAUUCCAACCAUUGGUUUCAAUGUGGAGACUGUAGAAUAUAAAAAUAUCAGUUUCACAGUUUGGGACGUGGGUGGCCAGGACAAGAUCAGACCUCUUUGGAGGCAUUAUUUCCAGAACACACAGGGUCUCAUCUUCGUAGUGGACAGUAAUGAUAGAGAAAGAGUGACUGAGUCUGCAGAGGAGCUCUCAAAGAUGUUGGAGGAAGAUGAGCUGAGAGAUGCAGUUUUGCUGGUAUUUGCCAACAAACAGGACCUUCCAAACGCCUUAACAGUCAGUGAACUUACAGACCGACUCGGCUUACACGCUCUUCGCAGCAGAACCUGGCACAUCGAGUCAACCUGCGCCACCCAGGGCACUGGGCUGUACGAAGGGCUGGACUGGCUAUCCAGGGAGUUAUCCAAGAACUGAUGAAUGAUUGGCUGGACCAAAACGUGAGAGUGAGGACAGCAGAAUCAGCACCGAUGUUUAGUAAAAGGACAAAUCUGGUAGACUUUUAAUCAAACAUUUACAGAUUUUUUUUUUCUUUUUAUAUUAUCAAAACUAUUACUUUUUUUUAGUUUAGUCUCAGUUUCUCUGCUUUUGUUUAUUUUGUAGUAACACUUUUUUGUUUUGUGGUAUGCAAACACUUUUUUUUGAGAUUUCACUAAAACAAAUACUUGUCAAACAGUUGGACUUAAAGCCUUUCUAGAGCCUUGAUUGGGGGCUGUGAUUGUGUAACCCCAGAGCUCUGAUGAAGGACACUUAUUAGGCUGCCACAAGCUGUUAAUCUGCAUAGCCCCCUGUGGAUAUUCGACUCUCUUACAGACAUGACCCUGGUCUCUUCACUGCCAUGUCCUCAAUCCUGUUCCAUCUUUUUUGUGAAGCGUGAGCUGGAGGGGGAUUGCAGCGAUUUUGUUCGUAAUGUGUAGUCACAAAGCAUGUGCCUUCUGGUCCGUUUUUGCACAAACCUCAGCUUUUCAUUCCUUCUCACGCUCUAAGGUUAUUCUCCUCUUGAAGACGCAUUUGUGUCUUUAUGCUUUUGCAAGAUGAACUGAUGCAAUCUUUGGUUUGAGCUGCAUGAAAAACUGUGUUGCAGCAGAACCACACCACUGUGAGAGUCGAUGAUUUGUUUUUUUUUUCUGUAACUUUAACAUGAAUUACAGUUGUUUCCUGUUUUA